AUGGAAAAAAAGCAAUUGACCGAACUUAGUGCAUUGGCAAAAGACGAAAAAAUUGAAGAGUACAAGUACCAAACUUCAUUAAAUACUCAUGUGAGAGAGGAGAAGAAAUUAUAUUCCGGCGAGCUAUUAGAGUUACGCAAACGAAAUAACGGUUCGAUUUUCUCGAAAAAUAAAGGGCAUGAGUCUGAUCCUGAUGAUCAUGAGAAAAAAAAAUAUCGGAAAAACUCACCACAGAAGAAGCAAUGCAUUUCAAGCAAACUAUUUGCAGAUGCUGAAAACAAUCCGUUUUUAGUAUCUAAGGAUAAUUUGGACAGAGGGGAUGAAUCAGACUCGUCUCUUUCAGAUAUUGAAAUUGUGUCCAACUGUCCAGCAAUAAUCAAUGAUGUUAAAGGACUAAAAUUGGGACCAUUACCUCAAAAAGAGUCCAGAUGGCUCGUAAACGACAUAGACGUUUCUGAAAAAUGGCAUUUAUUUAAGGAAAAAUCGUUGGAAUUGGCAAAUAAAGAAGGCCUUUUUGUGGAAAGCCACACACAGCAGAUAUUGUCCUUAUCACACAUUCUUUUAUUGAAGCCCAAACAACAUUGCCCGUUAAUGGUGGAGGUUUUUGGUGAUGAAUUAUUAGAAACGAUGCACAAGGAUAUCAUACAGAGAUUUACCAAACAAGAGACAGAGUUUGAUGAUGAAAUAUUGAUGAAGCUUAUUCGCAUUGUCAAGCGCCUGCAACGAGAGGAGAUCACAAGAGACAAUGCAGUUUCAGAACUGCAAAUUCUUGCAGUUAGUCGUUCUUAUGAAGAAUGUGCAAUUUUGAAGGCCAUAAGAAACAUAGUACCAAGAACCACAUUAAAAAGUUCCAUUGGAGAGGUGGAGCUGUGCACUACUUACAUUGACCCAAUUCUCUGUCCUCUUUUUAUGGAUCCUGAUCGUGGUAUAUUCCUGCGAUGGUCAAAUAAAGAGACAGCAGAGUCCAAGGCUAGAAAGCCAAUAGGCAGGGCCAAACAGCCUGAUGCUAUCAUCAACGAAAUUGAUCAGCUGUCUUGGAGCUUGAGCAAAGGACAUGGUGAAGCAAAAGUUCAAGAUGAAGCAAACAACCUAUACCUCCUUUGCACUGAUCUCAUCCGGGUAUCUGUGUUUAACAAAGAUGCGAUCGACUUUUAUAACAUGAAUUGUAUGCUCGGAUUUCAGGUUGUCGGGCAUCAUAUCUCAUUCUAUCUCACCACUCUUUUGUGUGACGCCUUAUAUGUUACGGUGGAAGUUUGUCACGUUGAUGUGCCUAUGUCACUUGAACAGAUCAUAGAAGAAAUCGCUAAUCUUAGGAUUGAAAAUACAAAAUUAAAACAAAUUAUAAAGCAAAAUCGAACUACUAAUAAUGUUUCGCAGUAUUCGGUUUCUCCGACCUUGUCAGUAACUUUACAAACACCUAUUCCAUCAUCUAUUAUUGCUCAUUCUGACACGGAUAAUAACACCAAUUCUGUAAAUCUCGAGCAGACACAAAGUGCUAUUUCUCCUGAAAUAAAUUCUAACAAUAAUCUUGACCAUCCCAGCUCCGUUGAAAAAGUAGAAAAUAUACUAGAUAAUACAUCUAACCACUCUGCGACUGCUUCCGACAAUUCUGAUAUAUACCAGGAGUCGGAUAUUCAAUACUCUGAACCACUUAUUCAUACAAAUACCAAAUCACCAGAAGAUAAGGAAAUUGAUGAUUUUCAGGAUCGGCAAAAAAGCAUCCAAUCGAAUUCUCAACUUCAAGUUUCAAACUCAUCUACUAGUUUGCACAAUAAACAGUCACAAAAUGGCACCCCCUCCAAAAUAGUGGAAGCUA